AUGGUUCAGUGGCAGAAACCGGAAAAUGCCCUACAACGGGCAAACGAGCUGCUUAAUGUCGGUAAGAAGAUGCACGCGCUUGAAACGCUGCAUGAGGUGAUCAACGCGCCGAAGCAUCGUACGUGGUCGAAAACGCACGAGGUGAUCAUGGGCAAGCAUCUGGAACUGUGCGUCGAACUCCGCAAGCCUCAGAUGGCAAAGGACGCAUUGUUUCAGUACCGUCGCAUCUGUCAACAGGUCAACGUGAAAUCGCUGGAAGACGUUAUUCUCGCUUUUCUGGAACAAGCGGAGAAAAAGGCAGAGGAAGCGAAACAGGAAUCUCAUGGCAUGGUUGAAGAAGUGGCCGAAGAUUUGGACCAAGCCGAGAGUCCGGAGAAACUACUCUUGGCGGCAGUAUCUGGCGAAGGGGCCCAGGACAGGGCUGACCGUUCUGUAUUAAGCCCCUGGUUGCGGUUUUUGUGGGAGUCGUAUCGCCAGUGCCUCGAACUGUUGAGAAACAACAUCCAAAUGGAGCUGCUGUAUCACAAAGUAGCGAAGCUGGCGUUCCAGUUCUGUCUCAAAUACCAGCGCAAAGCUGAAUUCAGGAAAUUGUGUGAUAACCUUCGAGCUCAUUUAACUCAGAUCCAAAAGUCCCCACAGACACAUUAUAACGUCAAACUAUCCAAUCCUGAAACGAUUAUGUUGCAUCAAGAUACAAGGUUGUAUCAGCUGGACAUCGCUAUUCAGCUCGAAUCGUGGCAAGAGGCAAUCAGGACCACCGACGAUAUCCAGCAGCUGAUAUAUUUUAGUAAAAGACUUCUAAAGCCUCAGUCCCAAGCGAGUUAUUACGAGAAACUAUCCUCGAUAUACUGGAAGGCCAAUAACAAACUGUUUCAUGCCGCGGCCCUCUUGAAGCUCUUCCAGACUUUCAGGGACUGGAAGAAGAACUGGGUAGAAAAAUCUGACAGCGAUUUGGCCAGACACUUAGAUAUGGAGGAGGCGCAGCUUGAACAUCAGCGACACCUGUCCAACUUGCUCAGUUUAGCUGUUCCGCCGACCAGGCGAACUCUGUUGAAAGAACUGCUACGAUUGAACAUAAACUUCUAUGCUAUCAAACCCGCGCAAGAACUGUACCGAUACUUGGAGAUCGAAUUUUGUCCACUGGAGCUCUCGCAGAAAAUCAUCCCUGUGUUAGAGGAGAUCAACGAUAUCGGUAAACCUGAGCUCGUACAAUACCUAUCGCCGAUCAAAGAAACCGCUGCUUUGAAGAUUAUGAAACAGACUUCCCAGAUUUACAAAGCGAUUUCCUUCGAUCGAAUGCUGUCGAUAAUUCCGUUUUUUGACCAAUUCUAUCUUGAGAAACUUAUCGUUUUUGCGGGAAAGAGAAAUCUGAUUCAGGUAAAUAAAAGUCAUAUUUGUCCAGGAAGAAUUUUUUUUAAAAAUACGUGA